GAAUCAAAUCAGCACCGGUGAGCCGGGCGCGGGUAAGGUCGGGUGCCGGGUCCGUGAUGUCAUUUGCAACAAGCACCGCAUAGCGUGCUACAUACCUCAUCCCAAAGCCACCGAUUCAUCCAGUCCGACAAAAUUUCUGAAAGGAAUGUAUAAAAAUGUAAUAGUCGCUCUCCAUAUGAAAUGUGUGGAUCCGCGAAGUCUGGAGUCGGCACUACGGCAGUGGCAUUACCUCAUGGCGCCGAUUCCCGCGCGGGCCGCGGCGGUCCCCCUCUCCCGUCGCCCACCACCCCACGGAGCCCUCAUCACCAUGCACCGAAGGACAAAGCUGACCCCGUGCCGCGUGUCGCAAGACGCCUACCCACGGCGGGCGGAUCGGGCGGCCCGGGCGCGGGCUCACUCAGACGUGUAGAAAGUACUCACGGCACUGCCGGCUAGAAUAGGUGCUGGUGCCACGCCACCCCUGCUCCGCUGCAGAAACGGUCAAAGGCGAUACCGCGGCGACCGGCUCGGAAAUCUCACCACAGUCUCCUCUCGGAAGGAGGAACGAUCUACAAUAGGAGACUGCCGAGUGCCGACCCAACCGUUCAAGACUGCCGAGUGCCGGCCCCACCGGUCGCCCAGCCCUCCAUACCCUCCAGGCAGCCCCCGUCUGCCCCCAUCUGCAGAAGAUGACAGCCGCCGGCAGUAAUUGUCCGCGGUUCGCCCGCAGGCGGCCGUCAUCCCCUCGGCCGGCGCUGGUGACGGCGCUGGUGACAGUGAUGGUGCUGGUGCUGGUGCUGGUGACUGUGGUGAUGUCUGUGGGAGUUUCAGGCGCUGGCCGUGUCCUGUUCCCCGGCUCUGAGCGCGAGCCUGCGUCAGGCGGCUCAGAGUCGGGCCUUUGGAUUUGGCGCAGCUCCAGUAGAGCUCAGUCACGCAGCCCACGUCUGCUGCCGGUAAACCCCCCAGCACGUAUACAGGCGGCGGCUCCACAGCCACGGCCGUCGCGACUGGACGAUGAACGGGUGGCUCCACUGAGAGACAGGGGAUCGAGCGGAGUUCCCCCGGCACCAGUGACCCCCAGUCGACGUCCGCCGGUGCUGGCACGUUUGGAGGUCACCGAUGUCCAGCCGGGGUCACCGACCGAUCAGCGACCUGACCCGGUCCACCCGGACGUACAGCCGGUCGUUGAAGCUCCCUCUGUGAGCCUGAGGGGUCUCCCAGACCUUCCUUUAGACCCAGACGGCAAUCAACCUCAGAGCUAUGGUAGACUAGUGGGUGCUGCGAAGGAAAUUACGAAUCCGAUUGAGAGUGAAGUGGCACCGAAUGCUGCAGAGACUUCACCGCUAGCUGGUGGUGGUGCCGUCUUUGGUGGGCGAAUAUUAAGAGAAGGAAGAGGAGAGAAGACAGUGUUAAAUGCAAAUGACGACGUAAACACUAAUCACUUUACAGAGGUUGUGAUUGACUCUGCCCCAUUAACGCUACAAACGAACAAGCUUCCGGCACUGCCGAAUACACGCACCUUUCCUGUGACGAGCGUAAAAGAAAACAACAUCCAUCCAACAUCAAACCGAUUGACAGAUACUCCGUCAGUGACCCCAAAGACCGAUACAAUAUCGAUGACGUCAUCGUCAGUUUACUAUGAUAAUGACGUCAUCGCGGUAACCACCAAUGAGCAGAGUGGAGGGGUACGUGGACCCCGGAAACUUGAACAGCUCAGUGACGAUCCUCAUCCCGCCGGUCUUCUGAUUAAGAUCGCAGGAAUCACCAAUGGGCCGAGUGAAGGCCAAGAACCCCUUGGACCCCGGAAAUUGGAACAGUCGAGUGGCGAUCUUCAUUCCGCCAGACUUUUGAUUAAGAUCGCAUCUCUGGAUGGGACGGCUCAGCUGCAGAAAGCGAAUAGCAUCGAAGAUUCACCGCCAGAGGAGGUUCGGUUGGAACUGGAGCUGCUCAGCUGCCCCAAGCUGGGCGGCAACCUCACACUGGCGUGUCGAGUGGACGGACGGACGGAGGACAUCGGUACGGUUCAGAGAUUCCGGUGGGGUAAGCGCCUCUUCGAUCGUCACAACGGACUGAUGGGAGACGAACUGAUCGCCGUGGACGGAAGGCCCUUCAGACAGGACAAAUUCCACAUCGAGACGGCGGGCGAGGGUCACCAGCGGCUGACGGUGUCUGACGUCACGUCCUCCGACGCCGGCCUGUACCUGUGCCACGCCAGUCUCGGGAGGCCCCAUCGCCACCUGCAUACAGAGCUCGCCGUGGUACUGUGCCGCAGGUGAUGGAACAAGUGGAGACGUGGAUUCCCGAACUGCGGAUCAACGCCACAGGAUGUGGAAACGAACGGAAAAUUGUCCUUGUUUCUACUUUCAAGUCGGAGUUUUAUUGAACAAAAUAAUGUGGCAAUCGCUUACUAUACCUACUGAUUUAAGGUGUUCAGAAAUCAGGAAUAUCAUAUCCCGUUUUAUAUAUUUUAUUUGGUAAGAGCCAAGCGAAUUUCUGCGCCCGUAGCGCACGAGACUCACUUGUAAGUGUUGCAUGAACUACGGGUGGGUUGUGUUAUCUUUGAGCGUCAUCGGCAUGCGUGGUGCUCCUCAAUACAAGAUGUAUUGUUUAA